AUGACGUCGCGGCAGAUCCCGUUCUAUGGCGACCCUGACCCUGUCAAGUGCCUGCUGCUGUAUGUUCCCACCAAAGUCGCGCGACGGGCCACCACCCUGACGACACCGACGACCAUCUUGACUACGACUUCCGAACCUUGCCCCUCGCAUACCACACACACCAGACCACACAACCAGCAGCUCUUCAAGAUGCCCGGUCUCGCCAUGGAACCCGUCACAACCGACGAUGUACGAAUUCUCGGCCAGGACCCCCUCAUCCCGCCGGCGCUCCUCAUCUCGGAGCUCCCCAUGACCGAGGCGGCCAUGCAGACGGUCGUCAAGGGCCGCGACGAAGCCUCGAACAUUGUCAUGGGCCGCGACGACCGCCUCCUGGUCAUCAUUGGCCCCUGCUCGAUCCACGACCCGGCCACGGCGCUCGAGUACUGCGACAGGCUGCGCGCCGUCGCCGACCGCCUCAACCAGGACCUCUGCAUCGUCAUGCGCGCCUACCUCGAGAAGCCCCGCACGACGGUCGGCUGGAAGGGCCUCAUCAACGACCCCGAUAUCGACUCGACGUUCCAGAUCAACAAGGGCCUGCGCGUGUCCCGCCAGCUCUUCCGCGACCUCACGGCCAAGGGCAUGCCUAUUGCGUCUGAGAUGCUCGACACCAUCUCGCCCCAGUUCCUCGCCGACUUCAUCUCGGUCGGCGCCAUCGGCGCGCGCACCACCGAGUCGCAGCUCCACCGCGAGCUCGCCUCGGGCCUCUCGUUCCCCGUGGGCUUCAAGAACGGCACCGAUGGCAACCUCGGCGUCGCCAUUGACGCCAUUGGCGCCGCCGCGUCGCGCCACCACUUCAUGGGCGUCACGAAGCAGGGCCUCGCCGCCAUCACGCGCACCAAGGGCAACGAGCACGGCUUCGUCAUCCUGCGCGGCGGCACCAAGGGCACCAACUACGACGCCGCCAGCAUCGCCGACGCCAAGGCGACGCUCGAGAAGAAGGGCCAGAAGCAGGCCAUCAUGGUCGACUGCUCGCACGGCAACUCGAACAAGGACCACCGCAACCAGCCCAAGGUCGCCAAGGUCGUCGGCGACCAGCUGCGCCAGGGCGAGGCCUCCAUCGUCGGCGUCAUGAUCGAGAGCAACAUCAACGAGGGCAACCAGAAGGUCCCCGCCGAGGGCCCCGCCGCGCUCAAGAAGGGCGUCAGCAUCACCGACGCCUGCAUCGACUGGGAGUCGACGCUGACGGUGCUCGACGACCUCGCCGAGGCUGUGCGCGAGAGGCGUGCGAAGAACGGCACCGUCGCGAAGAAUGGUGCUGAAUUGCACAAGGUGACGCACCUUGAGGAGGAGUAA